UAAAAUAAAAAAUAAAAUUGUUUUUGGUGCAAGCGUUGUUUUCGCGUCAAUAUUAUUGCCUAGGCAAUAAACGUUUGAUGAAAUUUCUUCAAAGUUAAAUUUAAAAAAAUACAACAACAACAACAAAAUGUCGGAUAUAUAUUAUUGUAGUAAUAGUAAGAAUAAGCAAAAAUCAAGUGGGGAUAGCAAGAGUAGCUCAGCUGAAAAGUCUUCGAAAUCUGCAAGUGCCAAUGGUGUAAGCAAUAGCAACAACAGCAGCAACAACAACAAUAAUAAUAAUACUAUUCGAGAGAAUAACAACGUUUGCGGCAAACACAUUUCAAAUGGCAAAGCAAAUUGGAAUGCAAAGGGCAUUCAGAGCAAUCCUAGUGGACAUCGCGAUUCAACCGGAAAUGGCUUGAAUACACCAGCGCAGCCGCAAAAGGUCUUUCACAAUGCGCGUUGUGCACGUCACCACAAACCACAUCACAAUCAUAGCCACAACAGCAACAACAACAAUAACAAUAGCAGCAGCAACAACAGUAUUGCCAAUGGUAACAAUAACAACAAUAGCAGCAGUAAUAGCAACGGUGGUCUCGCGAAUGGCACGACACCAAAUGGUCUUACCGAUUUGUGUCAUCACCAAUUGGUCACUCCACCCGCACAUGGACAUGGACACAAUCACACACACACCAACGGUGGUGGCGGACAUCGAAGGAAAUCAGAAUCAGUACUAUCCACAGAUUCGGAUAUACGAUUCACGCGUCGCAAACUGGGCGAUAGUCAGAAGUGCGGUUGUGCUGUGAUAGCGGGAUUUCUAGUCGCGCUCCUAGUGGCCGGCGCUUUCGUUUAUGUUGGUUACACAUACUUCCGCCCUGAACCGCUGCCAGAUCGGACCUUCCGCGGCAAGUUUUUGGUCAUGAACGAUAAAUGGUCUAUGGAGUUGGCAGAUCAGAAUUCCUUGCGGUUUAAUCAUAAAGCGCGUGACUUCCGUGAGCGUAUUAAUUUGGUUGUAAAACGUUCCGAUUUACGUGAGGCUUACGAAGGCAGCGAGAUACUGGCUUUGGAUGGCACGGAGGAUACCAAUGAGGUUGUUGUACAUUUCAAUCUUAUUUUCGACCCAUAUGCUGGGCUGGUAUCGACUGCCGAUCUCUUGGCACUCUUCGCUGAGGAGAUUACCGCGCCGAAUCGCAAAUAUUUCGCCAAUAUGACUGUUGAUCCACAGAGUCUAACCAUCAAAGAAGUUACUGGUCUCAUUGAAGAACCCAUUAUGUCUUCUUCACCACUGGGCGGCGAAGAUGAGACUACCGAGAUAAUUACGACUACACCUAAACCACCGCGUCGUUGUGAACCACUCAAAUUGAAUUACUGCCGUUCGAUCGGUUAUAAUAUCACAACAUAUCCAAAUUUCUUGGGCCAUCAUUCGUUUGAGGAAGUUCAAGCGGACGUGAUUGCUUUUCGCGAAUUAGUCGAUGCGGAGUGUUUUCGUGAGGCUUUCGAUUUUGUUUGUCGUUUACUGCAGCCACCUUGUGAUACACAUGGUUCAUUCGAACCCACGCCGGGCGUCAUGUGUCGCGAAUAUUGUCAGCUCUUCAUGAGGGGUUGUGGUAGUCGUUUGCCGGCACGUUUCAAGCGUUUUUUCGAUUGUGAAACUUUCCCGGAAUCGACGGGCAUACAGAGUUGUCAUCAUAAGCCGCAUUGCGCACACGAUUUGCAAAAUAAUGCACAAAGUCCGCGUUUAUGUGACGGUUUUGUGGACUGUCCCGAUUUCUCUGAUGAACGCACCUGUACCUUCUGUACGGGAAAUUCCUUAUAUUGUGGUAGAGGACGCGCUUGUGUGUCACGUAAGGCGCGCUGCGAUGGCAAAGCGGAUUGUCCGGAUGGUUCGGAUGAAAAAGAUUGUCUUGCAAUAGCACCACUGGCUGCUGAUCUCUUAAAACCAGAGCCAAUGGUGCCAUAUUUACCACGCUUCCACUCAGAAGGUUUCGCGGUAUUUUCUGAAAAAGGAGUUGUGGGGAAAUUGUGCGCAGAAGGCCUCGAGGACGAUAGUAAAUUGAUAGUACGUCAAACUGUGGCAGAAUCUCUUUGCAAAUCUCUCGGCUAUGAAUCUGUCGACAUAUUUGAAGUGCGCAACGAUACCGAACAAGUAGAAGAUUACGUGCGUGUGCUGGAUCCCCACGCGCCAGAGAUAUCUUUCAUACGCACUCAUUGUCAGAAGCGACGGGUACUCUACGUGGGCUGUGGUGAGUUACAGUGUGGUGUGCAGUCUGUAUUAUCGCCGAAACAACAUCUGUCCUUACCAAAGAUGUCCUCACCUGGUGAUUGGCCUUGGUUAGUGGCGCUUUAUCGCGAGGACAUACAUGUGUGUGACGGAACACUGAUAUCUCGCGAUUGGGUACUCACAACCGAGUCAUGUUUCCAAGGACAACCACGCGCCACUUGGAUGGCCAUAUUCGGCGCCGUGCGGCUUUCAUCGAACGCACCAUGGACUCAGCGUCGUCGUAUCAUUGGUUUGAUAAAGAGCCCCGUGGAAGGAUCGACAGCGGCAUUAAUUCGACUUGAGACACCAGUUAAUUUCUCUGAUCAUGUGCGACCUAUAUGCCUACCCGAUGAACUGCAACGCAAACAAGAUCAACUGGCGAAACGACGUGCUUUUGUUCCCAAAGCUGAGCGUCUAGAAGGCAAACGUCCACUGCCGAAGGUGUCGCCAACGCCCAGUGCUGUGCAACGUCGUUUAGCAGAAUCACAAAAAUUCUUUGUCUCACCGGCGGUGGAGCAGGACUCAGUUGACGCAAACAGCGGAGGUAGCAGCUCAGAAAAUAGAGAGGAAUAUUCACGCUCUGAUUUUGAUCACUCCGAAGCGGCCGCCUCACAAAUGCCACGUGCUGAGGCGCUCACCCAGAUGGUGGAGCAAAAAAUCAAUGAAUAUCCGCUGCCAGAGAGUGCGCCACAAGUGCAUUAUUACAGUGGUGCUGGCGCACCCGCUAGCCGUUAUGCGUCAGUGCCUGUUGCGGCGGGCGGUACUGCUGCUGCGAUAGGUCGAACGCCGAUAGGUGGUGUGAAUAGUAAGUUGCCAGCUGCGCCGCCUAAAGUUGAGGAAAUCUGGACGAAUUGCAAUACACUCGGUUGGUCCAGACAACGUGAUCAUCUGCAGCGCGUACAGCUGAAAAUCGGUGAUAUGGCACCAUGUGAGAAUAUUUCCAUAGCAACGGUAAACAGCAUGUGCACCGAGGCGACCUAUCAGAAGCACGAUUGCACGCAAGAAGAGUACUCUGGUGCGCCUGUGCAGUGCCUCAUACCGGGCACAAAUCAAUGGGCAUUGCUGGGUGUUUCAUCCUGGCGUAUUGCUUGUGGACCAAGUGGCGUCGAGCGACCGAGAAUGUAUGACAAAAUCACCUCGAAUGCGGCAUGGAUACGGGAGAUACUAAGUGCAGCGUAGAAACGUUCAAGCAUAACGGUACCUGUCUGGGAGUGGGUUUCAGCGUGGACACAAAAAAAUAACAAAUAUUAAAGCUAAAACUAAAAUUUAAGUAACAUUUAAGGUAACAUGAAGCUAAAUAUUUCCUUGAUACAUUAUGUAAUUAGUUUAAUUAAAAAAUUAUGAACAUACAAUAUACAUAUUACAUAUACUCAAAUAUCUAAAUUCAUAAAUUUCGUAAAAGUUAUGAUUGCAUGUAUGUGAAGCUAAAUUUUUGUUAUAAUUUAAAAUUUUUAUAUUUUAAAAAUUCAUUAUUUUGUAUGUUUUGUACGUCUAAUUGUGUGAGUGUAUUUCCUUCGUUUAUAUUUUAGAUGCAAUUUAAUGCAUUUAAAUUAAAAUUAGUUUUAUUUACAAAAUACGUAAAAUUAAUAUUAUAUUAACUAAUUUCAUAAAAAGUACAUUUGGUGUAGUUUCGUAGUGUUUUAGUGUAAAUUUUAAGUAUCGAACUUUUUGCAUUACAAUCACUUGCAUACUAAAUUAUGAUUAACUUUGUAAAUUAUUUCAAUGAGAGUAUAAACUAUGAUAUACUUAAAAAUAUGCAUGUACAUUCCCUUUUAU